AUGCUACCUGCGCAACACAAACCGUGCCUCAUGAGUACUUCCCCAUCCCCAAGUGUGGCCCCACUUAACCCCUAUAAGGAUCCCCCCACCCUACGUCAACCGACCACAAAAAAACCCCAGGUAAAGCGUGAUCACCGAACCCCCCCUAUGUCGUCUCAGCUCUCUGUGCCCGGUCGAAAAUACCAUGCCGAACCACUAGCCCCGCAGCACGCCCCCCACUACCCUUUUGCCCCCUCGCCCCGACCAGCCAUACCUAGAGUGAAAAGAUCCAAACCCUCUCUAAAGCCACGACCCCUCCCCCCAAUCCCCCUCAAUCACCAUACCAUAACUCCCCCUGACCAAAGUCCCCACCCCCGGGACGUCCAAACCAAUGCAAAUACAGAAACAUCUCCCUCAUUCCUACCCCGACCUCCCCCUAUCUGCCCACACCAUCACAGUCUUCCACCAAUCCGGCCAUGCUCACACCCUCCACGCCCUGGGCAAUCACGCUUCCUUUACCGGUCAGUUUAUCCCAGAAAUUACAUGCACAACAAACGCGGGCACGAAACCCGACAAGGAAACGACGCCACGACCGGUAAGGUACAAGUACCCGAGUACCUGACACGAAAGUUACAAGGCAAACGCCGUACAGAUGAAACCAUCUAG